AAUAAAUACAAAAAAUAUAAAUUUCAUCAAAAUAUUUAGUUAUUUCGUUGACAUUGGGGAUAAAUUCUGGUUAUAUUGAGAGAUCAAAAUGCCAAAACGAAGCUUUGAUUCCGAGGAGAGAAUCCCAAGUGUAAAGAAAAACAUUGAUCUUCUUCCCGAAACGCUGAGUGAAAAGGUUACCAUAGAAACAGGAAAUGAUAGCACAGACAGUGAAGAGAGUGAAUAUGAAGGACUGGGCUCUGAAGAAGAUACAGAUGAAAGUGGAGAACUUGAAUCGUUUGGAAAUGACAGCUCAAAUGAAAGUGACGAAGGUGAACCAAAUCAGGAGGGAGAUCUGGAUGGACAAUCAGCUUCAACCAAGAGUGAAGAUAUCAAUAAUGGUGAUGAAGAUGAAAAUGAAGAAAAUGAAGGAAGGAGAAGAAAUGGCAGAAAUCUGGCAAAAACGAAGGAAAAUAUAAAAUCAAGUGUUGAUAAUGAAUCAGAAGAUUCUGACGAGGAGGAGCUUCGUAAUACCAUUGGGAACAUUCCAGUUGAAUGGUAUAAUGAAUAUCCGCACAUAGGAUAUGAUCUGCAAGGAGAGAAGAUCUUAAAACCUGCAACUGGAGAUGAGUUGGAUGAAUUCCUAUUAAAGAUGGAUGAUCCAAACUACUGGAGAACAGUGAAAGACAAACAAUCCAUGAAAGAAAUAGUUUUAACCGACGAAGAACUGGGAAUAAUCGAGAGUAUACAAAAUAAACACUAUCCUGCAAGUGCUGACGAUCCUUACCAGCCGUACAUUGAUCACUUUACGUCCAUUAAAAUGGAUCAUCCAAUAUCCAGCGGACCUGAACCAAAAAGUAGAUUUAUACCAUCCAAAUGGGAACACAAAAAGAUAAUGAAGAUUGUUCGUGCAAUUCGCAACGGUUGGAUUAAGCCAAAGAAAUCGGAGACAGAUAAACCUCGUUAUUACAUGAUUUGGGAUCAAGAUGAUUCACAGAAGAAGUUAGCGAGAUAUAAUAUGCACAUUCCUGCUCCGAAGAUGAAACUACCGGGUCACGAAGAAUCCUACAAUCCACCACCGGAAUAUUUGCCAACAGAAGACGAAGUCAAAUUGUGGGAAGAUACGGAUCCUGAAGACAGACCAACAAAUUUCCUGCCAAAAAAGUACUCUAGCUUACGUCUAGUUCCUGGCUACAACAAUUUUGUCCAAGAAAGAUUUGAAAGAUGCCUUGAUCUGUAUUUGUGUCCACGACAAAGAAAGAUGCGGCUGAACGUCAACCCUGAAGAUCUCAUUCCAAAAUUACCAAAACCAAAAGAUCUUCAACCAUUCCCAACAAUUCAAUCAUUGAUGUAUCAGGGACACGAAGGGAUAGUUAGGUGUUUGGCGGUGGAUCCUAGUGGACAGUGGCUGGCCUCAGGUGGGGACGACAAGACUCUGAGGUACUGGGAAAUAGCCACGGGAAGAUGCCUUAAAAAAUUACAGUUUGAACAUAGAGUUCAGAGUGUGGCCUGGAAUCCUAGCCCUUCGUUAUCUUUGGUCUGCCUUGCUGUAGACGACACAAUAUUAAUAGCAAACACGUUCCUUGGUGAUAAACUGAUUUGUCAAGCCACUGAACAAGUUAUAUUUUCCUUUGAACCUCCCGGCGAAUCGAAAGAGCAAUUAGUUUUGUGGACCGACGUUAAAAUUAACGAACAAGGACAUAAAGACGGAAUUAGACUCGCUCUUAAACAUAAAAAGGCAAUCCAACAAGUUACGUGGCAUGGAAAAGGAGAUUAUUUCUCUGUCGUCUCGCCUGAUGGAGCCAAUCAAUCUGUGAUGAUUCAUCAAUUAAGUAAACGUAGAAGUCAGCAACCCUUCAGAAAAUCCAAAGGUUUAAUCCAGUGUGUCCGCUUCCAUCCUGUUAAACCAAUCUUAUUUGUCGCGACGCAACGCUACGUUCGUGUUUACGACCUUUCCAAACAAGAACUCCUGAAAAAACUACAAUCUUCAGCAAAAUGGAUCUCAAGUAUGGCGGUACACCCCAAAGGUGACAAUCUAAUUAUUGGCAGUUACGAUCGCAGACUGUGUUGGUUCGACAUAGAUUUAUCAUCGUAUCCUUAUAAAACCCUAAGACAUCACAAGAAAGCGGUACGUCAAGUAACGUAUCACCAACGAUAUCCACUGUUUGCCUCAUGCAGUGAUGAUGGCACGGUCAUCAUUUGUCAUGGCAUGGUUUACAGUGAUUUGAUGCAAAAUCCAUUAAUUGUCCCCGUCAAACUUCUGAGAGGUCACAAAGCGACAGAAAAUCUCGGCAUCCUUGAUUGUGUGUUUCAUCCAAGUCAACCCUGGAUAUUCACAUGUGGAGCAGAUUCAACGGUCAGGUUAUAUACGUGAGAAAGACAGCCGAAUUUCGAUUCGAAAGCAGCCAGUUGUACUUUACGAGAAACAAAAAUAUUUUUACGAUCCCAAGUACAACGACAGUCGUGCAAAACAAUGUGUCUAUUCACUGUAUUGCCAUGGGAGUCAUUUCAGUUUUAUAUCAUGUAAAAUAUGGCCUCUAGUUUGUCACGUGGCAUAUAGAUACAAUACAAGUGCCGAAAGGGGUCAAUUGCUGUUCGAAUGAUUACUAACAAGACAUGCAAUCACACUGAACUCUCCGCCAGUCUCCGGUUUAAUUGUGUCAUUUUAUAACAUUAUAUUAGAGCUUUGAACUGGCUUUGAUCAUAAGGAUGCUCUUGUAAGAACAAGUAAAUUAAAUCAAAUAUUAUUGGACUACAGUAAUGUCGCUAUAAUACUGUACGGAUUAGUGAUUUGCUUGGUACCGACACGUGUGGUGGUCUAAAUGUUUAUACCGGUGAAUUAAAUUGAUUUGAAGCGAAUUUCAACUCAAAUUUGACGCAAAUAUAUCUUCAGUAACA